CAGCGUAGCCUGUCAGGUGGUGAUGUCAUGAGCGUCUUGCUGCCAAACAUGGCGGACUUUGAUACUAUCUAUGAGUUGGAUGAAGAAGAAGAAGAGGAACGGGAGGCGGGACUUGGUCGAGUUGUUGAAGAUGAAUGCUUGCACAGAUACGCGCCGGACCCAGUGGUGGUGCGUGGGGCCGGGCACUUUACCGUGUUUGGCUUGAGCAACAAGUUUAAUUCAGAAUUCCCAUCUGUUUUAACAGGAAAGGUUGCCCCUGAAGAGUUUAAAAUUAGUAUUGGACGUGUGAACUCCUGCUUGAGAAAGAACCUUCCCCUUAAUGUGAAGUGGCUACUUUGUGGUUGUAUUUGCUGUUGCUGCACUCUAGGAUGCAGUUUAUGGCCUGUAAUAUGCCUGCACAAAAGGACAAGACAAUCUAUUCACAAGCUAUUGGAAUGGGAGAAUAACAGAUUAUAUCACAAGCUUGGCUUACACUGGAAGUUAAGUAGGAGGAAAUGUGACUCAAACAAUAUGAUGGAGUAUGUAAUUCUAAUAGAAUACAUUCCGAAAUAUCCAAUUUUUCGACCAGAUUGAGGAGAAACUACAUUAUUCUGUAUUUUUUUUUUAUAUGUCAUUCCUACCUUUAGUGCCUUAUAAAAAAAGUACUGAAAAGAAUAUUUCAGAAACCUGUAAAUAGCGCUGAAGUUUUAUAUGUAACAAAAUCAUUUUGCACAUAUUUUUUUUAUGGAAGCGUCUGUGUUGCACUUCACUUAUUUUGUUCUAUACCCACAUGUAUACAGUUGCAAGUAGCUAUUUGAAGUGCUGCUCCAAACCUUAGCUUGUUGCCUUACUACACACCAUGGAUUUAAUUGUUCUUACAAAAACUAAUUGUAUUCAGAACUCUCCAAAAAUAUUUCACAGACUUUUCUUAAUUUUUUAGAGGAUUUUUAUGUUAAAUAAGUGCAUGGGUAACUGCUUUCUACUGGACAAAACAAUCUAUAAAAGGUUAUGCAUUGUAAAACUAUGCAAUAAACUUUUAUGUAUUUUUCCCCUUUUUCGUGUAAUUUCGCUUUGACACUUGAGGAUUCUCUAAUCCUCAGAACUGAAAAAGCACCUUGCAGACUUCUCAAGACUCUAACCCUGCUACACAUAUGUCCCUAAUUGGCUUUAACAAAUAACUGCAAAAUAUCAUCUAUAUUAACAAUAUGACAAUGGCAAGCCUUGUCAGCUGCAGACUCAAGCCUUGAUUGGCUCCUCCAACUGGUGGGUGGAGUUUGGCUUUUAAAAUGUUUAGACUUGGCUGACAAUUUAUAUAGCAACAAAACAGAAAUUACUUAUAAUUAUA